AUGUCCUACGAACACGAGGAACCGCUUAUAGUCGACCCGACUGCGGUCUCCAGUACAGCCUCCCAACAGCACCAGCAAGAGCAGGAAAUGCUUUCUUCGUACUCGGUUCCAAAACCCCCUGUAUCCACACAGCAAUCCACCGUGGCCACCGAUACAGAGACAGAGCCCAAUGCUCCUCCUCAGGAACAGCCUCGUACUCUCUGGAUGGGUGACUUGGACACGUGGCUUGACGAGGCCGCCAUAGUCGACUUGUGGUGGCAGAUAUUACGCAAGAAGGUGCACGUCAAGGUCAUCAAGCCCAAGAACCCAAAGCCCGAGUCUCCCUACAUGGGGUUGACCCACCUGGGCUACUGCUUUGUGGAGUUUGAAACCUACGACGACGCCCAGCAGGCAUUGGCUCUCAAUGGGCAAUUGCUUCCGGAUAUCGCCAUGCCUUCUCAACGCCAUUUCCCUAACAACCCGGACAACCAGAAGAAGUACUUUCGGUUGAACUGGGCCUCGGGUGCCACGCUCCUGGCUCCGAUCGUGCACUCGCCCGAAUACUCCUUGUUUGUGGGCGACUUGAGCGCCUCUACUACCGAGGCACACCUUCUUCUGUUUUUCCAAAAACUGUUUCCUAACUCCAUCAAGACCGUCAGGGUCAUGACCGACCCGGUUUCAGGCAAGUCCCGAUGCUUCGGAUUUGUCCGUUUCACCGACGAUUCCGAGCGCAGAAGGGCCCUUGUAGAAAUGAACGGCGCCUGGUUUGGCGGCAGACCGUUGAGAGUGGCCUUGGCUACACCUCGAAAUGCAUCCUCGUCGAGAUCGCCCAAGUCCGAUUUUAGAGGCAACGAUAUGGCUGCUCCAGGUCCCUACAUGGACCAACUGCAAGAGUACAUGUACAUGCCGCCAGGAGCUAACGCUCCCGUUCCUGGCGGCCACCCAGGUGGUCCAGGUUCUUCUUACUACUACACACUGCCGAUGAUGGGCGAUAAGGCCAACGAAAUGGGAUACAUGCCACAGGGAAUCCCACAGAGCGUCCAACCUCAGGGCCAACCGUACCUGGAUCCUACCAACACUACUGUUUUCGUUGGAGGUCUCUCUUCUGACGUGAGCGAGCAGACGCUUCUUACACUAUUCAUGCCCUUUGGCAAUUGCGGUUUCCUUAAAUAUUCUACUCGCGAGGAGGCCGAGGACGCUAUCCUGUCGAUGGAAGGUUUUAUUAUUGGCGGCAAUCGUGUGCGUCUAGGUUGGGGCCGAGUGUCUGCCAACAACAAAAAGUACCACCAGCAAAGACAGCAAUUUGCCCAUGUAGCACAAAUGCAAGCUGCUGCCGCCAUGUCUAUGGGAAUGGAUCCAGCUUCCGCUUAUGCUGCCGCCGCCGCCGCUGCUGCCGGAUAUCCACCUCAGAAUGCUGUUCCUGGCAGUCUGCCUGGCUAUCCUCCAGUGCCCAUGGGAAUUCCACAGAUGCAUCCAAUGGGAGCACCGGCUUACGGAGCACCAGAACAGGGUCACAAUGGUGGCGAGGAACAAGUUCCCUACUCACCUACGGCAACUACUCAAGAGGACCUUCAACCCGAGUCUGCUGAGCAGCCCGGCUUCAUCAACCCCGACAAUUUGGCAUCAACGUUUGACAAACUCAAGAUAGACCCCAAGGCCGAGAAGGCUGAGAAGAAGGCCUAA